AUGGAACUCUCAGCUCUCAAGUAUGGUGGCCCUGUAAUGCAUUUGGCUAUUUGCAUACUAUUACCGGAGAAGCAAAAAUUUCUGGUUUUCUUUGGGCUAUUCAAGAUGACAACUUCAAACCAUUUUGAGACUUUCAAUGUUCGAUUCAAUGGAAAAAAAUAUUCUGCCUGGGAAUUUCAGUUUCAAUUAUUUGUCAUAGGGAAAGAAUUAUGGGGUCAUGUUGAUGGUAGUGAUCCAGCUCCUAUAGAUUCUAAGGAGUUGCUUCAAUGGAACGUUAAAGAUUCUCGGGUAAUGACCUGGAUUUUAAGGUCUGUUGACCCUCUUAUUGUUCCUAAUCUAAGGCCAUAUAAGACUGCAAAGGCCAUGUGGGAUUACUUAAAAAAGAACUUUUGGGCAGAAUUUACUGACAUUGUUUAUGCUAAGGUACCUGCAGAAUCUCUUUCUGUAAUUCAGGCAAUUCAUGAGCAAAGCAAGAGAGAUCAAUUUUUAAUGAAAUUGAGAUCUGAUUUUGAGACGAUUCGCUCAAAUUUAAUGAGUCGUGAUCCUUCACCUUCCUUAGAUGUUUGUUUUUGGGAAUUACUUCGUGAAGAGCAGAGUCUUCUCACACAAAGCACUUUCAAGCAAGAGAAUAUUGUCACAGUUGCAUUUACAGCUCAAGGAAAAGGGAAGGGUAGGGAUAUGAACAACAUACAGUGUUAUAGCUGUAAAGAAUAUGGACAUAUUGCUGCCAAUUAUGGAAGAAGUUCUGCAACUACUGUAAACAGCUCGAACACAUCAUAA